GUCAAAUUGUGUGUCCCAUCACUAGUUCGUAUGUAACCGCGCCUUGUUUGCGUGCUAAUAUUUCUAAAUAUUGAAGAAAACAACUAUAAAAUAGAAUUAUGAUUCUAGCGUUAUAGCAUUUUUGUGGAAUCCGGCUUAAACUCCUGUGAAAAUGGAUGAAAAAGAAGAGUUGCAUCUAACCUCUCAGGAGUUGCAAGUUUUGUCCGAACUUGACAGUCGGCAGUUUGGUUUUCUUAAGUUACGUGGCACUGAACAUGGCAGGACCCGAGCUCUUGUACUCAAGGCUGUCAAGUAUCUUGAAGGAAUGCUUGUACAAGUUAAGGAGGAAGAAAGAGCAUGUUCACCAGGAGACAGAAGAGAUAUAUGCAUUGACCCAAAAACUUAUUGUAAACUUGGACAUUUCCAUCUACUACUUGAGGAUUAUGCUAAAGCAAUGUCAGCUUAUCAAAAGUUCUAUGCCCUGGAGCCUGACAACUGGAAGGACCCUCUGUUCCUGUACGGAUUGGGGCUAUGCUAUUACCACUACAAUGCCUUUGAGUGGGCUACAAAGGCGUUGCAAAUGGCACUGUACGUGUCGCCGGGGUUCACCCGCGCGGCGGACGCGCACCUACGGCUGGCGCUCAUGUACAAGGCGCGCCGCCACUGGACCAUCGCCGCCGUCCACUUCAGGCGCGCCCGCCUUGCACCACACCAGGACGCCACCUUCACCCGGCUCGAGCUCAGCUUCCACGCCGCGCACCUCCUUGAAGCGAGAGGUCUGAGGAAAGCAGCCAGAGACGCAUACGAAAGGCUACUAAAGGAACCUCAGUUGUCCUCGACCCUAAAAGCCGAUGUUUGCAGACAGCUAGGAUGGCUAUACCACCGCUGUGUGUCAUUGGGCGAGCCGGCAGCCCGCGCUCGUGCUGCCAUCUGGUGCCUGCAGCGAGCGGUGGCAGCCGAGCCAGAGUCAGGAGCAGGGCUCUAUCUACUCGGGCGGUGCUUUGCAGCGCAAGGAAAAGUACACGACGCCUUCAUUGCAUACAGGAAUUCUGUAGAAAAGUCCGAAGGCAAUGCCGACACUUGGUGUUCCAUAGGCGUUUUGUAUCAGCAGCAGAACCAGCCCAUGGACGCCUUGCAGGCAUACAUCUGCGCGGUGCAACUAGAUAAGGGUCACUCUGCGGCGUGGACUAACUUGGGCAGUUUGUAUGAAAGCUGUCAAAUGCCCAGAGACGCAUUUGCGUGUUAUACAAACGGCGGGGCAGCUGCAACUGCGUCGCAUUCCGCUUUACGACAAAGGCUCGCCUUUCUGAGAGCGCAUUUGGCACAUGCCCCAAUGCCUUCUGUGACGGGAAAACGACGCCAGCUCCCAUCUAUCGAGGAAGCCUGGAACCUGCCAAUAUCCGCAGAAAUGUCAUCCCGUGCGCCCAAGUCAGCACCCCCGCCCUACCCCGGCAAGAGACCCGAGGAGCCCCCGCCACUCACACAACACCAGUUGCAGACUCUACAGUACUUACAGAAGAACUCCAACAAUUUGUCGCCGCAGCAACAAGCUUUGAUGCAGCAGUUACUGACGCAGUAUCGACAAGCGCAGGCGGCGAGAGCGCGUGCGGUGACGAAAAGCGAAGGUAGCGCCACCGGCGGCGACAACGCUGAGUCGCUCGCCGAAGAUCUGUUGAAGAGGUUCUCAGAUACUCAACCCGAAGUUAAGAAGGAGCCUAUAAGUGCGGAUAGCUCCAGUAAUGCAGGCAGUAGUGGCGAAACUGUGCUCGGCGGGCGACAGCCUGUCGUGAAGCUGGAGCCCCUGAAAACAGAUCCACUGAAGCCGGUCUCCUUUCACAUCGGCAUGAGCUCGAAGCAGAUUUUGGAAUCUUGCAAGGAGAACGCUGGCCCUCCUACGGCGUGGUCAGUACUAGGCGACGGGUGCGGGCCGCCGGAGCCCCCUCCGGUACCACCGCCGCGCCUGUCUCCCGAACAGCUGGCGCCACCAGCGCCUUUCGUCUACGUAGAGUCCAAGCGAGAUGCCUUCUCGCCCCAGCUGCAAGACUUCUGUCUCAAGCACCCCAUCGCUGUGGUGCGCGGCCUCACUGCGGCUCUAAAGCUUGACCUCGGGUUGUUCUCCACCAAGACUCUAGUGGAGGCAUGGCCCGACCAUGCCGUGGAGGUGCGCACGCAGCUCAUGCAGUCGGCCGACGAGAACUGGGACCCCACCGGCCGCCGCCGCGUCUGGGCCUGCGCCUCGCAUCGCUCGCAUACCACGGUGCGCAAGUACGCGCAGUACCAGGCCGGCUCCUUCCAGGAGUCGCUGCGGGAGGAGCGCGAGCGGGGCGGGGCCGCCACCGCGCCCGGCGGCGGCGCGCUGUCCGACUCGGACGGCCGCGAGUCCGGCUCCGGGCCGGUCAAACGUCGCCGAGCUGCACGAAUGCUACGCUUUGGGACCAACGUAGAUCUUUCAGACGAGCGGAAGUGGCGCCCUCAACUCACCGAGCUACAGAAGUUGCCAGCUUUCGCACGUGUCGCGUCAGCUGCCAAUAUGCUAUCACAUGUAGGACACGUUAUUCUGGGCAUGAACACAGUCCAGUUGUACAUGAAAGUACCGGGUAGUCGCACACCUGGCCAUCAAGAGAAUAACAACUUUUGUUCGAUUAACAUUAACAUCGGACCUGGCGAUUGCGAGUGGUUCGGUGUUCCCGAUGCGUAUUGGGGAGGAGUGCGAGAUCUGUGCGAGAGACAUGGCUUGUCGUACUUACACGGGUCAUGGUGGCCCGACCCCGAGGAGCUUCGUGCGCACGGGGUGCCCGUGUACCGCUUCACGCAGCGGCCGGGAGACUUGGUGUGGGUGAACGCGGGCUGCGUGCACUGGGUGCAGGCCACCGGCUGGUGCAACAACAUCGCGUGGAACGUCGGGCCGCUGACCGCGCGCCAGUACUCGCUGGCGCUGGAGCGGUACGAGUGGAACAAGGUGCAGAACUUCAAGUCCAUCGUGCCCAUGGUGCACCUGACGUGGAACCUGGCGCGCAACAUCCGCGUGUCGGACCCGCGCCUGCACCGCGCCAUGCGCACGUGCCUGCUGCAGACGCUGCGCGCCGCGGCCGGCACGCUGGCGGCCGUGCGCGCGCGCAACGUGCCGGUGCGCUUCCACGGGCGCGCGCGCGGCGAGGCCAGCCACUACUGCGGCGCCUGCGAGCGCGAGGUCUGGCACGCGCUGCUGGUGCGCGAGCACGAGCGCCGCCACGUGGUGCACUGCCUGGCCUGCGCGCGCCGCGCCGCGCCCGGCCUGGCCGGCUUCCUGUGUCUGGAGGAGCACCACAUGGACGAGCUGGCGCAGGUCUACGACGCCUUCACGCUGCACCGGCCCGCGCCGGCCGCGGCGCACGCGGCGGCGCUGGUGCCGGUGCCGGUGCCGGACUGAGCGCGCCCGACGGCGGCGGAUCUGUAUUUAUUUCGUGUGCGAGUGUAUGAUAGUUUGGGUUUAUGACCAGAUAUUUUUAUAUAUCGACGUUUAGUUUCGGUGCGUCCAGAGGUCGAUGUAAACGAAGAUUAUCUCAAGCCAGACUUGUACUCGAUCGGCACUUCACAUUUUAGACAGUAUUAGAUGCUAGCUAAUUCCGACGGUUAUAUAGGUAAUUUUUGACGACGCAUGAAGGUGUCAUUGUUGACCAAGUUGUAAUAAAUUGUAACAGAUGCACGUGAUCUAUUUUUACUACGAUGCGCCUGAUUCUAAAAUUGUUGUAUGAUGAGGACUUGAUGAAAUAUUUUUGGUGAUAAAUGUAAUUUUGUAAUAUGGAAUCUUAUACAGUUUACACGCUCCUCGAUCACUUUUGUAAUUGUGCGAGAUAUUUGAUAUAUGAAGUCAAUUGUAUCGGCGACGACUAGCCGCGGUUGUAGAAGGUACGUAUAAUGUUAUCGGCGGCGCGGGCGGCCUCGACGCGUACCGCGAUAACGUAGAGUAGCGACUAGAGUGCUAGCAAUGUACGCAGGAACAGAAGGCCGCCCGCGGAGAUGUCAAGUGCUCACGUGUUCACCAUCGUAUAUAAAUGUCUUAUUUUUGUAUAGAAGCGUAUUUAUUUAUUUUUAUCGUACAGUGACCUUAGUUUGAUUUUAGACAGUCUUAGCAAAUAGUAGUAUUAAGUAAAACUGCACGUAAGGAGACCCUACGUUUUAGUAGGGCCUGGAGAAUAGUGCUGCGAUGUCCCAAAGAAUGUUAUAAUGUACUUGAGUAGGUAAAUGGAAAUUGUAUGAUCAAUUUAUUGAUAUUAUAUUGUCGACAUUUCUUGAAUAUAUCUGACAUGUUUGGGAUCUGACAUUAAAACAUUUUUUUUUUAUUUUAGCAAGUUGACUUUAUCAUUUCGUAAAAUUGGACUGUAUUAAAAAUAAGCAUAAUUAAAAUGUUGUUUCUUGGAUUGAUGUAAAUUAGGAUGGAUUAGGCAUGUAAGCUCGGGUUGGCAGUAAAGCAGGACAACUCGCCUCUGACACUUGCCUGUUUGUUGUUUAUCUUGAAGUUUUAUUGAUGUUUUAGUGGCAUUUCAUGUUGAUGAUUAAUUUUUAAGUGUCAGAAGCGAGUUUGGUAUAGAGAAUAUGGAAGUGUUGGUCGGAUUAUGUAUAGCGAUGCCGAAAUAUUUAUAAGUAAUAAUAAUAACAUCACUGCCAUGUAUGACCUUACUGUUUAUACUGUAAAUUACAUUUUUAAUAAAGAAAUUUAAGUAAGA